AUGGCUCCCCGCGUCUCAGCCCUCAAGCUGCCCCAGCACUCGGCCACCACGUCCCCCGCCUCGUCCCCCGACAUGCACCACCGCCCGCUGCCCACCGUCCGCUCCUCGUCCUCGCUGUCACAGAGCGUCGUCUCCAGCAGGGUCCCCACCCCCCGUCACUCCCCCCUCCUCCCCUCCGCGUCCCCCAAACACGCCGAGAAGUUCCCGUUCGGCCCUGACUACCACCAGCCGCUGCAUCAACACCAGCAGCAGCAGCAGCCUACGAUAUGUGGCCUCCCUCUAAAAUACGUAUCACUCGUCACCCUCGCAGUCCAAAACGCCGCGCUCUCGAUAGUCAUGCACUACUCGCGCGUCUCAACGCCCCCCGCGCUCUCCUACUCCCCCGCCUCCGCCGUCCUGCUCAACGAGCUCCUCAAGGGUUCCAUCUCCUUCUUCAUCGCCCUCCUCAACUCGCCCCUCCUCUCCUCCUCACCACCACCACCCUACCACCCUCUCACCCGCCGCCACCGCUCCUCCUCCUUCUUCCCCAUCCUCCUCUGGCACGCCUUCGCCGACCUCUGCGCCGAGGUCUUCAGCCCCGACGCCUGGAAGCUCUCCAUCCCCGCCAUCCUCUACGUCAUCCAGAACUCCCUCCAGUUCGUCGCCAUCGCAAACCUCCCCGUCGCUUCCUUCCAGGUCACAUACCAGAUGAAGAUCCUCACCACCGCCGCCUUCUCCGUCGCCCUCCUCCGCAGGAAGCUGAGCUCGACCAAGUGGCUCUCGUUGUUCUUCCUGGCCAUUGGGGUAGGGAUUGUCCAGAUUCAAACAACGAUGGGCGCGGGGCACGUCACGAGCAAGCCGUCAGGAGCGACAGAGGGCGCGGUGGGCAGCGCACACGACUACCACAUGCACACCAUGAACCCGCUCAAGGGCUUCGGCGCCGUCACCGCCGCAUGCUUCACCUCGGGCCUCGCCGGCGUCUACUUCGAGAUGGUCCUCAAGGGCUCCAAGGCCGACCUCUGGGUGCGCAACCUCCAGCUCUCCCUCUUCUCCCUCAUCCCCGCGCUCCUCCCCAUCCUCUACGCCUCCCCCCACUCCGACUCGCGCGGCUUCCUCGCGGACCUCUUCCGCAACUUCGGCGCCUGGGCCUGGGCGACGGUCGCCAUACAGGUGUUCGGCGGGCUCGUCACGGCGGUGGUCAUCAAGUACUCGGAUAACAUCCUCAAGGGCUUCGCGACGAGCCUCUCGAUCGUCCUCUCUUUCCUCGCGUCGGUCGUGCUGUUUGAUUUUAGGAUCACGCCCGGGUUUGUGAUUGGGGCGUCGACGGUGCUGGGCGCGACGUGGAUGUAUAACCAGCCGGCGCGUUCGACUGCGUUGAGUACGUCGUUGCCGUCGACUGCCCCGCCGUCGCCAUCGAAGGAGAAGGAAAAGGACCUCAGCUUCUCGAUCGUCCUGAACGACGCGUCGCCCACGAGCUCGGGCAGGUCCUCGCCCUCCGCCUCGCCGUACUUCCCUGGAACGCCGUUGGUCGAUACUUCAAAUGCCUCCUUCUCUUCAAACCCCUCUGCGUCCGCGUCCGUUCUAGGACUAGGCGUCGGCUCCUUCAUGCGCCGCAAAUCAAGCGGCUUCGGGGCAGCAGGAGGCAGCAGUCGGAAUAGCAGCAGCGCGUCUCUGUCUGCUCUGCUUACUGCGCCUCUCUCUCCGCUCACUUCGUCCACCUCUACCUCUAACGCUAACUCUGCCUCUGCCUCCAACUCCAACUCCAACUCCAACUCCAAUUCUUACGCCAACGCCAAUUCAUACGCCAACGCCAACGCCAAUUCUUACGCCAACCCCACCUCGGCUAAUAGCGUGAGUAUGACGAAAGGCGCGCUCGGCCUCGCAGAGUCAGGCGAGCUCGUGCACCCGCCCGAGGGCCUGCGCACGGCGGAUGGGACGCCGUUCUCGAGUAGGACGCCGUCGAGGGUGCCGUCGAGGGCGCCGAGCCCGAGUCCGAGUCCGAGUCAUACAACAACUGGAGGAGGAGGGUUGAAUGUGGGCUUGGGCCCGUUUGCGCGGUCGGUUAGUGGGGAGUGGAGUAGUGCGAAUGGGAAUGGGCAGGGGUCAUGA